GGAGCUCGAACCAGAAUAAUCGAGGCGCAAAGAAUUCAGCCGCGCCAAAUUUAUUUUUGAGAUUCUUCAUCCAUCACCGACUAAAUCUCUCGUCAACAAAGAAAACUCUCAACAACACCCUCACUCAUUAUCACAUAUCAAAAUGUCUGACGACGAAGAGAACUAUGAUGGCGGAUUCUCCCCAGCCUACGAUGAAGCCGAAGAGCCAGAGUAUGAUCCCGAAGGAAUGGAAGAUAUAAACAACGUUUCCACUGGCGAAGUAGACGAUGUCGCCGUAUCGACCCAGAACCCCGAUCAGCUCCUUACUACCGGCGAGCGCGGUGUCGUCACGUCGGGAGAUUUGCAUGCUGCCAACCGAGCCAAAAGCAAUAUUGCGCCUAAGGACAAGAAAAUUCCAAAGGAGCAAAGGACUACCACACCCUACAUGACCAAAUACGAGCGUGCGCGUAUCUUAGGCACUAGAGCCUUGCAAAUUAGUAUGAAUGCGCCGAUUUUGGUUGAUCAGGAGGGUGAGACGGAUCCAUUGCAAAUUGCGAUUAAGGAGUUAAGGGACAAGAAGAUCCCGUUGAUCGUUAGACGCUAUAUGCCCGAUGGAUGGUAUGAAGAUUGGACUUGCGAGGAAUUGCUGCAGUGAGAGAUGGUGGUCAUUUACUUGCAUAUGUGGUAAUACGUGCAGAGAGACGCAUGGAAUGGGCGAUUGGCGUAUGAAAGGCGUUUGCUUAUAUGUAAUUGGAGAUGAUCUAAUUUGAGGAAUACAUGGAUAAAAUUGACCUCGAUGAUGGUAUACAUGCUUAGAUGCAUCGCCUGGGGGUUACGAUUUAUUUGAAGCGCUUGCGCAGCUUCCACUCGCAGAAUGAGCGCCGGCUUAACUUGAGUACUCGAAAACUAUGCAUCACUUUGAUUGGACGGUGGGCGUAUCUGGACUUCUACAUGGACCUCAACUCUGAAAAAUCAAAUUUACGGAUUUGCGCUUGGGACGGCUUUCAUUCAAAAUGGUCGAUUAUGUUGACAGCACAAUUUUCUACCUGCCUAGAACCAGGGUAUUCGUGCAAAGUCGACAUUUUCAACAUCGGGAUUUUUGAAUAGUGAAAGUGCUUGAAGGUCCUAUCUGUCCAUCUUGCAGUCUCCACCCAGACAAGAUAUAGGUUACUUUCCCGCGGCUCACAAAUUUAGACAUAGAAGUUUAGGCAAUUUGUUACGUAGCAAAGAAUCGUUGAACA